CUUACACUUCAUUGUAAUCUUUGUCACGUUGAUUCAGAGGAUCGAGGACAAGUUCACAAGUUAUUUCUUCCAAUAAGAAAGGGACAAUAUUGUUGCAGUCCUGACAUCUUAACAAACUCAAUGUUUUUUGCAGAUUUCACGAAGUGAAGAAUGCUGUAGACAUCAGCCAUGUUUGAUGAGAAUCGUAAAGUAUGGGUGCCCCAUCUAGAGCAUGGAUUCCAGCUCGGUAGAGUCAUUGAUAUUGGGGUUGAUGGUAUCACCGUUCAGCCUGUCGACUCGGGGAAGGCUGUGAGUGCAUCGUAUGAUCGAGUGUUCCCUGCAGAAGACGAUGAAGCUAAAUCAGUGGACGAUAAUUGUUCCUUGAUGUACCUUAAUGAGGCCACAUUGCUCAAUAACCUACGGCUGCGUUACAAGAAAAAUGGGAUCUAUACGUAUGUGGCAAACAUCCUCAUCGCUGUCAACCCCUACAAGGAGAUGGGAGAUCUGUAUUCAUCUGGCAACAUCAAAAAAUAUCAGGGAAAAUCGCUGGGCACGUUACCACCGCAUGUAUUUGCUAUAGCUGAUAAAGCAUACCGUGAGAUGAUAACUUCAAAACAAAGUCAAUCCAUCAUAGUGAGCGGUGAAUCAGGUGCAGGCAAGACAGAAUCUACCAAGUAUAUACUCAGGUAUCUAACAGAAUCUCAUGGACAAAGUGCAGGGAUCAUAGAGCAAAGAAUCAUUGAAGCUAACCCACUCCUGGAAGCCUUCGGCAAUGCCAAGACAGUCAGGAACAACAACAGUAGUCGCUUCGGGAAGUUCAUGGAGAUGCACUUUGGUGAUAAGCAUAAUGUCGUCGGGGGCUAUGUAUCCCACUACCUGCUGGAGAAACCGCGUGUUUGUUGGCAGAACGUUGAGGAGAGGAACUACCAUAUAUUCUACUAUCUCUGUGCCGGCGCCCCUGACGAUCUGCGCGCCAAGCUGUGCAUCAAAACCCCAGACGAUUAUCAGUACUUACGGAACGGAAUUACUCAGUACUUUGCAGGCAAAGAGUCUCAGAAGCAGCUGAAUCAGAAAGAAGACAGACAGAGUAAAGUGUACAAGAAGAAGGGAGCGCUGCAUGACAUCCAGGUGGACGAUUACCGCGGAUACCAGAGAGUCGUAGAUGCGCUCAAGAAGAUCGGCCUCAAGGCCCAGGAGGAGUUUGACAUCCUGAGGAUCGUAGCCUGUGUCUUGCACCUUGGUAACAUCGCAUUCACGGGAAGCGACAGUCAGGAAGGUGGGUGUAAUGUUUCACCAGAUGCCAAGGAGUCGUUGAAGUUUGUAGCCGGACUCAUCAAAGUUGAUGGGAAUGAAUUGGAGCAAUCUCUUACAUCUCGUACCAUGCAGGCCAGGGGUACAGUCAUCAAAGUACCAUUGAAGAAGGAUCAAGCGUCCAAUGCCCGUGAUGCCUUGGCUAAAGCAAUCUACUCCCAUCUCUUUGAUCAUAUCGUGUCCCGCAUCAAUGAUUGCUUCCCCUUCAAGUCCUCCGCUAACUUCAUCGGCGUCCUCGACAUCGCUGGGUUCGAGUUCUUCACCCUCAAUAGCUACGAGCAGUUCUGUAUCAACUACUGCAAUGAGAAGCUCCAGCAGUUCUUUAAUCGUAGAGUACUGAAAGAGGAGCAAGAAUUGUAUGAAAGGGAAAGUCUUGGUGUGAACACAGUUACGUAUGUGGAUAACCAAGACUGUAUAGAUCUAAUUGAACUCAAACCCAAUGGUAUUUUAGACCUGCUAGAUGAAGAGAGUAAAUUACCCAAAGCAAGUGCAAACAACUUCACUCAUAAUGUACAUCAGAAACAUAAAUCGCACUUCAGGUUGGCUAUACCUCGUAAAUCCAAGUUGACAGCUCAUCGUAACCUGAGGGACGAUGAAGGAAUCCUUAUACGUCAUUUUGCUGGAGCUGUGUGCUAUCAGACCAGUGAAUUCAUAGAGAAGAAUAACGAUGCCUUGCAUGCUUCGUUGGAGGUUGUGAUAAGAGAUUGCAAAGAUCCGUUCUUGACCAGUCUCUUCCCGAUCAAGGAGCCUCCCAAGGGACGUGGCGGUCAGAAUGUUCAGAAACUGGCCUUCGACAGUGUCGGCAAUAAGUUCAAGGUACAACUCAACCAGUUAAUGGAGAAACUACAAAGUACUGGGUCUUCCUUCGUACGUUGUAUCAAGCCGAAUGGAAAGAUGGUGGACAAUUUGUUUGAAGGGGGUCAGAUUCUGAGUCAGCUGCAGUGCUCAGGAAUGGUGACUGUCCUGGAGUUGAUGCAGGGAGGUUUCCCAUCCCGCACACAGUUCUCAGAUCUGUAUAAUAUGUACAAGCAGUACAUGCCAGCGGAGUUGGUUCGUCUGGAUCCGAGGCUCUUCUGCAAGGCUCUCUUUCACGCCCUGGGCCUUGAUGAGAAUGACUAUCAAUUUGGCCUCACCAAGGUGUUCUUCAGACCGGGCAAGUUUGCGGAAUUCGAUCAGAUGAUGAAGUCUGAUCCAGAGCAUCUCAAAGUCCUGAUCAAGAAGGUUCGACGCUGGCUCAUCUGUACCCGUUGGAAGAGAGGACAAUGGGGAACAUUGAUGGUCAUUAAGUUGAAGAACAAGAUCUUGUAUCGUCGUGCUGCGCUGAUCAAGAUACAGAGCACCAUUAGGAUGUUCCUAGCGAUGCGCAAACACAGACCAAGGUACAAGAGCCUCAUGCAAGUCCGCACACUCAGCAAGGAACUCAACAAGCUGGCCCAAGUUGCGAAGACAAUUAAAGACAAACAAGCUCAGCAACAAGUCGCUGCAACUAGCAAGGCUUUAGAAGAUCUCAUUGUCAAGAUAAAGACGACCGUCAUGACCAGGAGACAGAUGGAGGACGCCUACCUAAACCUGUCCAAUCAGAUGAGGAAGCAACUCCUGGACCUGAUCAACAAGAAAAAAGCGGAGGACGCCGAGGCGGAGAGACUCCGCAAGAUACAAGAAGAGAUGGAAAGGGAGCGGAAGAGACGAGAAGAGGAAGAGAGAAAGAGGAAGGCCGAGGAAGAAGAGAGAGAAAGGAAGAAGAAGCAGGAGGAAGAAGAAAAGAGAUUGAAAGCAGAAAUGGAAGCAAAGCGCCUCAAGGAGGAGGAGGAGCUUCGUAUCAAACUGGAAGAAGAGAGGAAAAGAUUAGAAGCAGAGAAAAGGCAAAUAGAAGCAGAUAGACAAAAGCUGGAAGAGAUGCAGCGACAAGCAGAAGAAGAGCAACGUAGAAGGGAGGAGCAGGAACGUCGUGACUAUGAAUUAGCCCAGCGUCUCUCUGAGGAAGCCAACUCUCAGGUGAUUGCAGAGGAGUCUCUUGUAGCUCGAGUCGAGGCAUCAGUAACUGCAUCACCUGUUCACAAUAAAUCACUACCAGUAUCAAACCCAACAUCCCCAAGAGUAUCUCCUCAAACUCAGUCACCAUCCCAGGCCAUUUUCGCUGAAGCGACUGUUGUUCAGGCCGCAGCACCGACCAAGUCACUUGAUCUAACAACGUGGAAGUAUGCUGAUCUGAGAGAUACUAUCAACACAUCAACUGACAUCACACUGCUGUCUGCCUGCAAGGAGGAGUUUCAUCGUCGUCUGAAGGUCUACCAUGCCUGGAAGAUGAAGAACAAGAAGGUUGCCCCUGGCAACAAGGAUGGCCCUGAAAGAGCUCCGCAAUCUAUCUUUGAUAGCGCACAGCAGUAUAACCGGCUUGCCCCUCCCCCUAAGACUACGAAGGCACCCCCGACCAAUCAGAAUAUCCAGCGUUUCUUCAGGGUACCUUUCACCGUGACAGAAUCGGUGGCCCCGGGGCAGAUGCCCGAGAGGGGCUGGUGGUACGCUCAUUUUGAUGGUCAAUGGAUUGCUCGUCAAAUGGAAUUACAUCCAACCAAGGUCCCGGUUCUUCUUGUUGCGGGUAAAGACGAUGAGAACAUGUGCGAGAUGAGCCUCGAAGAGACCGGGCUUACACGACGCCCAAACGCAGAGAUCGUCGAGCGCGAGUUUGAGGAGCCGUGGAAGCAGAGCGGCGGUCACGAGUACCACCUGACCGCGGUCCGCAACAAGCAAGCUAGGCCAACCUGGGCAACGCAGAGCUUGAAAACACGUUAACGCUCACCAACUUUCUUUAGCUUUGAUCUGCACUCUGCUUCAUAGGUCUUUUUGUGUAUUGAAAUCAUUGUUGUGAAUCAGAAUUAGCUUCUUCACUUUAGGGCUUUAUCCCAGUUUUCAGGUGCACUGAGGCCCUUUGCAGAAAGAAUUGCGUUUAAA